AUGUUAAAGGUCUGGAAUAGACCUUAUAAUGUGAUUCUCAAGUGUUUAAGAGGUUUAGAGCAUAAUUUAUUCAACGAACUACAGUCGUUUGGAUUUGAUAGAGACCAACUAAUAAAGGCUAAUAGUAAAAUCACUGUUAAUUCUUGUAAUUUAAAACAGCUUUAUUUUUUAUCUUAUUUUUCUAGAUUAGCUUCUAGCAUAUAUUUCGAGGUUGGAAAGUUACCUUUAUUUGAAAAAGGUGCUUUAUUUAACAGCUGUCAGUCCAUAACAUGGUCUGAUUUUCUCGGAUCCAACAACAGUUAUAUGAUAAAUUGUGACUCUCUGAUUACUAAUAGUUAUAUAAAGUCAAAGAAAUACGCCUGCCAAUUGGUUAAGGAUGGAAUUAAUAACCAUUUUUCAAAUAAUUUAAAUUUGGAACCCCCAAGAGUAAAUUUUAGUCAGCCUGAAGUUAAACUUGAAAUUGAUGUGGAUAAGGACUGUAUAGCAACUCUACUUGUUGACUCUUCAGGAUCACGGAUAUCAAGCAGAGGUUAUAGGUUUAAACCUAACAUAGGAGAUAUAGACCCAACCAUGGCCUGUUCUAUACUGUACGAUGUAGGUUAUUCUUCAUUUUCAAAUCCUCAAUUUUCAUUCCCAGAAUAUGAACAAGUUUGUAAUUCUGACGGUUCCCAUAAAUUAAAUAAGCUUGAUACUAAUAGUUUGUCAGAAUCAGAGUCUUUAAAUAGAAAUUCAAUAGUUGAUUUGUUCUCUGGGUCAGGAGUUUUUUUAAUUGAAUCCGCCUUAUAUUCAGCUAGAAUACCGCCUGGUUAUUUUAGGCGUAGAUUUUCAUUUCAAAACUUUCCAGUGUUUGACAAUGAAUCAUUUGAAAUUUUGAAAAAAUAUACCGAUUCUAAAAGGAUUCCCACAACAUCAGAAGAAUGGAAGAGUCUUAAAGGUAAAUUCAUAGGAAUAGAAAGGGAUUGGGAGAAGCUUGAUGCGUCACUACGUUCAUCUGAAAAGGCAGGAAUUCUGGAUCUCAUGUCCUUUAACCAAGCCGAAUACCUUAAGGAUGGUAUUCAUGACGCUAAGAAAAAUAGUAAUUCAAACCAAUGGAACUAUAUGGUAGCACAAUUACCACAAAUGAGAAAUUUAAAUCACAAACCCAAUAAUAAUCAAUCUAGCGAUGGUGAUCCUGUGGGAAUUCCUAAGGAACGAAGUAAGUUGAGUCCUGAACGAUAUUCAACUCUUCUAAAAUCACUUUCUAGGGUCAAGAAUAGGCAUUUUCCUACCAAUUCCAAGACCAUUUUAAUAUUACCAUCAUUCAUGGAUAGGGAUCUGGUUCAAAACUCCUUCAGCUAUAAAUUAGGUGUGGGAAAGUCUUUUAAUAAGGAUGGAAUAUUAUUGAAAGAGGAUCCAAAAUUUUCCGAUAAUACCAAACAGUUAAGACAAGAGUCCAAGGAUGUGUAUUCUGAAACCCGUGUUUAUGUUUCAGAUGAUUACAAAUGGUUUUACUUUAACAACCUUCCAGCCACUCACAGACUUCAUUCCGAAUCCAGCCAUGAAAGUUAUGACUGGUUCGUGGAUGUUUAUGUGGUUUCACUUGAUAAGCCAGUAUCUGGAAACAUCCUCUUUAAUCAGAAAUGA